AUGGAAAGGGAUAGGAAGCAGUCUGCAUCCUCCGAGAAGGAAGAUUAUAGUGUGGGCUCUCUUGAUAAUAGUGAAGACUUCAAGCUACACCCACUCUCGGAAAAGUCCGCCGGUUACUCGCCGGAGGGAUCGUCGAUUUCCUCCCAUCUUACCUCUCAUGAAUCUUCCCCAUCCUUCUCGAAAGAGGAGCAAGCCACCCCAAACUACUCGCAAGAAGAGCAAGCCACCCCUCCGGUCAAAUCGGCCUCCAAGACUCCCGAGCCGGUACCGGUGGUCAAUCGAUUUGUAACGGAGGAGCCCCCGUCGCUGGAAAAGAAGGCAGAUGCCGGUCGCCACGUCGGAAGUGUAGAAGAAGGUGGGCGGGUUGGAGAAAGUAGGAGGAGCUUCAGGCCGUCGUUGACGAGUCUGAGGAGGACAAAAAGAGAGCAACUUGUAAAGAAGACUGCUUUAGGGUUUAGGGUUUUUGGAUUUCUGUUUUCUUUGGUUUCAUUAUCUGUGAUGGCCUCCGAUAGGAAUCAAGGUUGGGCGAUCGAUUCAUACGAUCGGUACAAGGAGUUCAGGUACUGUUUCGCGGUGAGUAUGAUAGUGUUUGUGUACUCCGCUGCACAGGCCUUGGACCUGGGUUACCAAUUGAUCACCGGCAGUUCAAUUCUUCAAGGGCACCAUUACAGAUACUUUUUCGAUUUCGCCUUUGAUCAGAUGAUUGCCUAUCUUCUGAUAUCUGCAUCAUCCUCUGCUGCAACUCGUGUGGAGGACUGGGUCUUAAAUUGGGGAAAGGACAAAUUCCCGGAGAUGGCAAGCAUCGCUGUGUCAAUGUCCUUCCUCGCUUUUGCUGCAAUAGCAUCCAAUUCUCUUUUAUCUGGUUAUAGUCUUUGCACUUCCAUGUCAACGUAG